UGUUACACCAUACCCAGCUCACUGGUUCGUAAGAGGCUCGCUGACAGGAACUGACGUCACGUCUGUGUAUGGAUACUUUCAGGAGCAGGAAAAUGGCUACACACGUCUACGAGUCUGAAAGAAAUCUACAGUGCUUCUUUUGAGAGACCAUCAGCUGCAACAUUUUUAGAAAAUCAAGUUGGAUCUUAUCAAUGGCAUCUGCUAGUUGACACAAUGGCCCAAAUAUCCAGCAGCAAUGGAUUCAAACAGAAUGUCUCUCCUGCUCUGGGAACAAGCGGGGCACAAGAUGUUGGGAAGGAGGAAGCUCUGCAGAUGGAGGCUGAAGCUUUAGCAAAGCUACAGAGGGAAAAGAAAACAACCUUUAACCUGGAAACAAUGUCCUGUAACGGUGCGAACCAGAGAGCCCUGUCCUCCAGCAGACCAGAAAGGGACCUCAUUGUCUUUCCAGAGUCCGACGCCAGGAAAAGAGCCGAGAGGGAUGCAUUCAAAGACAUUGACGUUGAAAAGCUCACGAAUGCUGAACUGGAGAAACUGUUGUUGGAUGACAACUUUGGGGCUAAUAAUAAAGCACCCAGGCCUGCAACUUUACCAGGAACCCCUGUUUUAAGUUCUUCAUUUUCAGGUCAGUUGUACAGCCAGACUCCGUUCCAUGGAGGGCAGUGGAACCCUGGAUUGACAGGGUCUGCGAACUCAGCAGUGCCAGGGCCAGUCAUCCAGACGUCACUCUACCCUGCAGCAGCCUUUCCUAAGCAAGCCUGCCCUUUUCAGAAUGGGUUUAAUCCGAGAAUGCCUUCUUACAGAGCUCCAGAACCAGUUUAUCUGCCUGCGCAGCCCCAGUACAUGCCAUUCCCACUCCAGCCGCCCGCUCCGUUACACUCAACAGCAGUCAUGCCAGUGUACCAGCAACCUGUUACGCCUGAAAUGGCAAAAUUGUUUGACAAAAUAGCCAGCACUUCGGAAUACUUAAAAAACGGGAAAUCGACAAGCACCGACUUGGAAUCUGCCAUCACCAAGGCUAUGAUCCCAAAGCUCCAGACUUCGGAAAACACGAACAUGAGUAAAUUUGAGUGGCUCGAUCUUGAUCCCCUCAGUAAGCCAAGAUUAGACAGUGCAGAGAUUGCACAACACACAGAGGGAGCUGUGAAGGAGGAGUCCAGCAUUGCAGGGGACCCUUGGGAUGCUGUGCUGCAGGAUGAGAGUACUCCAGAAAUCAGUCUUCCUCCUGGAAAGUGUGGCCGGUCAGCCUCCUUUCAUCCCAAUGGGAAAUCACCUGCUGGAACUUCAGUCACAAGGAGCCAGUCUUUAAAUAUUCGGCCUACAAGUGCUCAGCCUCCCAAGACUCCUGGCCAAACCACUGAGACUGACAAAGGGACCAGAAGUUCACCCACAGCAUGCGAUGUUCUGCAAGAACUGGAAGCACAGAAUGAAGAGGUGGAGGCUUUCUGUGAAGAAAUCGUCAAAUUAAGGUUGAAAUUCCCACACGACGAUCUUUCCACCAAUCCUGGUUAUGUUCUAAGUCCUGUCAUGCUUCAGAGAGACAUGAAUGGAGAAAAUGCCAGCAUCAAGGUUUCAAUAGAGAUAGAAGGUUCUCAACAGCCAGUCACAUUUACUUGUGAUGUGAGUUCCCCCGUGGAGCUGCUAAUAAUGCAGGCCUUGUGUUGGGUUCACGAUGACUUGAACCAGGUUGACAUUGGCAGCUACAUACUGAAAGUUUGCGGCCAAGAGGAAGUAUUGCAAAAUAAACAUUGCCUGGGAAGUCAUGAAUACAUUCAGAACUGUCGAAAAUGGGACACUGAGAUAAAGCUACAGCUCUUGUCUCAAAGCACUAUAUGCAGAGAUCUGGCACGUGUGGUGGAGGAUGAUACCACUCCUGUUGAUUUAGAAAAAUACCUGUACCAGGUGGAAAAACCUCUUAAAGAAACCAUUAACAGACAAUGCCUUAAUGAUUACCUGGAUUCUUACCACAGUCAAGUCCAGCUGUGCCUUGAGAAUGAGAACAACCAGUACAAAACAGUGGAGAAUGUAAUCCAGGCUGUCAAAAAUAUAUGCAGUGCACUAGAUGGGGUUGAGACCAAAGCCAUUACAGAAGCUGUAAAGAAACUCAAGAGGACUGUCAAUCUUCCAAGAAGCAAAACCAUGGAGUUGGGAUCAAAAUCUGCUGACGGCUCAAACAAAAGUGCUACAGUUGGGUCCUCUCCUCCUCUAAGCCCUGUUGAGGAAAGCAUGAAUGGAUUGACGACUGCUGUGUGUGACCUGUUGCAGCUGUACUUGAGAUCUUUCAGCAGCAGCAGCAGCCCUCAAUCUGCUCCGUCUGGUCCCAAGGAGAGGAGGAGCACAAAGGAAGCCUGCAAGGCCACAGAGCACCUCCAGUUUACACUGUUUGCAGCUCAUGGCAUUCCACCAGGUUGGAUCAGCAGCUUUGAAAAGUACUACCUGCUGUAUUCUCUGACCCAUAAUGGAAAGAACUUAUUUAAACCAGUUCAGUCUAAGAAAGUGGGAACAUACAAGAACUUAUUUUUUCACAUUAAAUGGGAUGAACUGGUAAGCUUCCCUAUCCCAAUUUCACAGUUACCUUUAGAGUCGAUGCUCAGUCUUACUUUGUAUGGACUAUUAAAUCAGAAUGCCAGCAGCUCGCCAGAUUCUAACAAGCAAAGAAACGGACCCGAGCUUCUUGGCAAAGUUUCCAUGCCUCUUUUCGACUUCAGACGAGUGCUAACCCGUGGGACUAAGCUGCUUGGUCUGUGGACCUGUUUCCUCGUCUCCCCAAUCGGUACUGUCAGUAGAAAAGGAAAACAGAUGGAGAGAAUAGUCAUGCAGGUUAACUUUCCGAACCCAGCUGUUGACAUUCUGUUUGUCGCUCCUCAACCUGCUGGCAGACCACCACAGCACAACUUGGAAACACUGGAUGUAGAUGCACAAAAGCAGCUUCAGACACUUUUCAGUAAAGAAUCCACGUUAGGGUUCUCCAAAGCGGAUAAAGAAUUUUUGUGGGAUAAAAGACAUUACUGCCAAUCGCAUAAAAACAGCCUUCCUAUGGUCCUGGCUAGUGCUCCAAGCUGGGAUUGGGUCAGUCUGCCUGAGAUACACUCCCUCUUGAACCAGUGGCCUCCGCUGUCACCUGUCUGUGCCCUGGAGCUGCUCCACUCCAGAUAUGCAGACUGUGAAGUGCGCAGUGUUGCUGUGACUUGGAUUGAACGUUUAAGUGAUGAUGAACUGGCUGAUUAUCUUCCACAGCUUGUGCAGGCUUUGAAGUUUGAAUGCUAUCUUAACAAUGCCUUGGUGAUGCUACUCUUGUCACGGGCACUGGGGAGCAUUCAUAUUGCACACUACCUGUAUUGGCUGCUGAAAGAGGCAGUGCAGGAUCUGAACUUCGGGAGGCGUUAUGAGAACGUACUGGGGGCCUUGCUGUCUUUAUGUGGUAAAGGACAGAGGGAAGAACUGGAGAAGCAGACCAGACUGGUGCAGCUGCUGGCAGUCGUGGCAAAGAGAGUGCGUCAGGCCAGCGGAUCUGCUAGACAGAUUGUUCUUCAGGAGGGCAUGGAUAAAGUGCAGUCUUUUUUCUUAAAGAACAAUUGUCGUCUGCCCCUGAACCCCAGUCUGGUUGCCAAAGAGCUCAACAUCAAGGCCUGUUCCUUCUUCAACUCCAAUGCAGUGCCCCUCAAAAUCACCCUAGUGAACGCAGACCCCCUGGGAGAAGAGAUCAAUGUAAUGUUUAAGGUGGGAGAGGACCUGCGUCAGGACAUGCUGGCUCUGCAGUUGAUUAAGAUUAUGGACAAGCUCUGGGUCCAGGAAGGACUGGAUCUGCGAAUUGUCAAUUUUAAAUGCAUCUCAACUGGCAAAGACAGAGGCAUGGUUGAGCUUGUACCGGCAUCAGAUACACUCCGAAAAAUCCAGGUGGAAUAUGGGGUAACAGGAUCCUUCAAGGACAAGCCCCUGGCAGAAUGGUUGAGAAAGUACAACCCAGCUGAGGAAGAAUAUGAGAAGGCAUCGGAAAAUUUCAUCUACUCCUGUGCAGGGUGCUGUGUAGCUACGUACGUUCUGGGAAUCUGUGAUCGACACAACGAUAACAUCAUGCUGCGCUCCACAGGACACAUGUUCCACAUUGAUUUUGGAAAAUUUCUUGGGCAUGCACAAAUGUUUGGAAGUUUUAAAAGGGAUCGAGCUCCUUUCGUGCUGACGUCUGACAUGGCUUAUGUCAUUAAUGGUGGCGAAAGACCCACGCGCCGCUUUCAGUUGUUUGUGGAUCUCUGCUGUCAGGCAUACAACCUGAUUCGGAAACACACCAACCUUUUCCUCAACCUCCUUUCUUUGAUGACAUCAUCAGGUUUACCAGAGCUCACCGGUGUGCAGGACCUCAAGUAUGUUUAUGAUGCUCUGCAACCCCAAACAACUGAUGCUGAAGCUACUAUUUUCUUUACAAGGUUGAUUGAGUCGAGUUUGGGAAGCGUUGCUACAAAGUUUAAUUUCUUCAUUCACAAUCUGGCACAGCUGCGUUUUUCAGGACUGCCUUCUAACGAUGAACCCAUCCUGUUGUUUUCUCCUAAAACCUACUCUAUGAAACAAGAGGGACGAAUCAAAGACGUGUCUGUCUUUACCUACCAGAAGAGAUACAACCCUGACAAGCACUAUACGUAUGUUGUGAGAGUUUGUAGAGAAGGACAAAACGAUACCAACUUUGUGUUCCGCACAUUUGAUGAAUUUCAGGAGCUGCACAAUAAGCUUGGCAUCCUCUUUCCUCUUUGGAAACUGCCAGGGUUUCCCAGUAAGAUGGUACUCGGAAGAACCCACAUUAAAGAUGUAGCAGCCAAAAGAAAAGUGGAGUUGAAUAAUUACAUACAGAAUCUGAUGAGCAGCUCCACAGAAGUAUCGGAGUGCGAUCUGGUAUACACGUUUUUCCAUCCAAUAGCAAGGGACGACAAGGCUGAAGGGUUUGAGGGCAUAUCGAAAUCUCCAGAUGUGAGGCCUAUGAGCCCCACUUCCGGCACAGUUGGCGGAGAGGUGAAAUUAUCUGUGUCCUAUAGGAACAACACUCUGUUCAUCAUGGUGAUGCAUAUCAAAGACCUGGUAACUGAUGAUGGAACAGAUCCAAAUCCUUAUGUGAAAACAUAUUUGCUUCCAGACCCCCAUAAAACAUCCAAACAUAAAACAAAAACUUCAAGGAAAACCAGAAACCCAACAUUCAAUGAAAUGCUGGUGUACAGUGGAUACAGUAAGGACAGCUUGAAGCAGAGGGAGAUCCAGCUUAGUGUGCUUAGCGCAGAGUCACUGCGAGAGAACUACUUCCUAGGGGGUGUCACGCUGACCUUGAAAGAUUUUGACUUGAGCACAGAGACUGUUAACUGGUACAAGCUUCAAGCUGUUCCUUACUUUUAGACUUAAGAUGCUUCCAGAUACACAGGACUCAUUGUUUUAGGCAAUUCUCUCCUGAUAUUUCUUCAUUAGGACUUUUCUUCCUUUUUAAGCACACUAUCCAGUUUCCUAAAUAUGACUGAAAUGUUUUGUAAAUGAACAAUUAGAGGACCAAACUGCUCACAAUAGAUCUGUAAUUUUAAAUAGCGUUUGGAUUGAAGCACAAACCCAUUAAAGACCAGCAUUUGGUCACAAGCCCUAACCCUUGGUCUUUGUUGCUUAUUAUAAUGGUAUCCUAUUGAAAUUGGCUGAGUUUGAACCAAAAGACUACUUCUGCAGGUCAACACAAUCAUAAACAACAUGUGCCAAAAUAUUUUAUAUGUAUAUAUAUAUAUAUAUAUAUAUAUAUAUAUAUAAUCUUCCAUAUAUAUAUAUAUCUUCCACUCUGGAAACAAAAUAAGAGGGUGCCUUCUUCAAGAAAAUAAUAUUAUUUGUUUGUUUUCUCCUUUUAGUCUUGAACAUAUUUGAGAACAGAUUAUUAUUAGGCGUAUUAACACUAAGGUAUGUAUUUUAUAAACGUGUUACAAAUUCCUUAGAACUAAUUAUACGUCGCUCAAGAGUUUAUGGGGUUUCGACACAAUAGGGUAAAGUGCUCAUGUAAGUAUUCUCUGAAUAAUUACCUAGAGUUAUAAUCACAUUUCAAUGUAUAUUGUCAUAAAUUGUUAACAUUAAAAUUAGUUGCAAAUGAAUACCAUGCUGUAAUAAGUAAUACGAGUGCAUUUGCUGUCAAUGGCUAAACACACUUUGCUAGAUUAUCAAGCUCAUCUGAACUACAGGUGUUCAGUACAUGCAUCUUAAAAGAAAGAGAUUGUACUUGGAUAAAGACGUCUGCCAAAUAAAAUAAUAAUAAUAAUACUGCAGUAGAUUUACUAUUGACACGAAGAUGAUGUACUAUAAUGCAAUCAUUUGUUUUUUUUAUGAAAUUCAUAUAGCACAGGUUAUAGCACAAACUUUUAUUAUUGAGAUUACUCUUUUAAAUGUAUAGCUCCAGAAUGUCCUGGCAUUAACAGCAGCAGCUUUAAACAUUUACAUUGCUAUCCUACAUAAUUUACUUUACUUUAUCAAUACUGGCAGGAAUACAUUUAAUUUCACAAAGUGAUAGAGUUCUCAAGUUUAUUUCUGCAUAACAAGUACUGUCUUGCCAAUUGCCAAAUGAUUGAAGUUAACAAAUGAUAAAUACUCUGGAAUACAGUGUAUAUGUGGAUGAUGUGGUGUUGUGUCAAUACAUAAUACCAAGAAUUCUGAAGAACAAAAUUUAAAAUUUAAAUUGAACUAAAAAUACACACAGAAAACAAAGUGGUGGGAUUUUACGGUAAAGUUUGAGCAAGUUACUCAUUCCAGUCAUUAUCUAUAACAAUGAUGUACUGUACAGUCCCUCUUGCAGAACAAUUAACAGUUAAGGUAGUGUUGCUGUUCAGUUACUGUGCAGCUAUUUUUCACUGUUUAAAACUGCUUAAAUGUUAACAUAUAUUUAGCUGUCUGUCUGUCAGUCAAUCAGUCAAUAGAACUGCCACUAAAAGCUGUGAUUAACCAGAGUGAUAUAUAAUCACAAAUUUUCCAAAGCAAAUAAAUAAAAAUACUGUAUUUGCACUUUUUACUACGUGUUAAAAAUAGAAACCACCGGUAUGUGUUUGUCUGACCGUGUGAACAGCUACAGAUUUAUGCUGAACUGUGUAUUUUGAAGAGACUGGAAAAUCUGUACAUACAAACCCAUAUUUAAGUUGUUUUGCAAAUUUAAGCACUUUUUUUUAAACAGUAUUAUUUUGCAUAUUUAAUAUUUAGUAAUUGCACUUUGAUUGGAAGUGCAUUCAGUAUGUAUCUUUUCUAGAUGUUACUGUUGUUGUAUAGCAAGUCAGUCUUUUGAUUUGUGAAAUCUAAGGAGAAUAAUACUGUUAACUUGCUUUAUUGCCACAGAAAUGGAGUAGAUGAUUACAUUCUACUCGCCAAGAGGUCCCACACCGUAUCCUGGUUAACAGACCUUUUCUUCUCUAAAAGCAAUUUUCUACUUAAUCUAACACAGUUCGUACUAUUACAGCAACACUACUUUAACGUACGAAUUUGGGUUUACAGAAUCUCUGUUUUUAAAAUGUUAUUUUCAGUUGGAGGUCAUGCUGUGGUGCUUUAAACUGAGCUCAUGCUAUUGGUUCCUGUGGAGCGUACUGUUUCUGUCAUGAAUGAUGCCUCAUGGGUGCUUUUAACUGCCUUCACAUAGUGGUUCUAUUACACAAAAAAUAAAAUACAAUUACAUUUCCUAACUUGUUGUAAACCGAAAUAACAUAAGCUAAAAUACAAAGUUUCUGGUUUUUUUUGUUUGUUUGUUUUUGUGUAAACCUUAAUUACAAAUCGCAGCAACACUUUUUGGUAUAUACUGUACAGUGAAACAUGAAUUAUCUAAACUUUUAGCAAACACUCUUUUUUCCCUCUGCCCUAUUACAGAAUAUAUGGGUACAGUUACAGAGGUGGUAUUGUAAUUACUUCAGAGGUUUCUUGAUUGGGAAUGGCAUAUUAACAUUUUAACUGUUGUAAUCUGAACAAAUAGAGUUUAUAAAUACACGACCCCCGGGUCCCAGUCAGUUAAUCGAGGUUUCACUGUAUUUUAUCAUUUUUUUACCCAGGCUGAAACAUGUAGAAGUGCAGUUUCUUAUUCCCUCAGUUGAAGGUGUGACGCAGAUAAACUAUAAUUAGCAAUUGCUUUUUGGUCUCCUUUUACUAAACCCAGUGAUUUCUGCUUUUGAAAGACAUGUUUCUUUGAUUAAAGAAGAUAGCAACCUGCACUAAAACCACCUUUAUCAAAACAACUGCUUGUGCAAUUUAAUUUUUCACAUUUCCAAAUCUAAUCAUUAAUAACUGAGCUAUUAUUGCCUUAAAAUGCUCAUACUGGUAUGAAUAGACAAGAACAAAGUUGUUGGGGCACAUGACAGGAAAUAAAAUUCAGUUGCAAACAAACUAUGAUGUAGCAAAUAAUACUGUAUAAUAGUAAUACUGUUUGUUGUAUAUUACCAUGUUAUCUGCGUACUGUGACUAGAAGCAUGUACAUGUUUGUAGAACAAUAAAGCAUACCAGAGCAGAAUGCUUGCCUAUUAGUGUUUCAGCUUUUAGAACCGAAUAUCUUGAGAUUGUUGACAUUUAGUGAAGAUGUACAGUAUUUGUUAAAUCCUGUCCACAUACUUAUGGACUAAAUGUGACUCCAUUACUAUUCUAACACAUUUUGAAUAAACUUUUUUUUUCAAAA